AUGGCUAAUAACGUUAAUGUCAAUCUCCCCGUAGCUGAAGGCCGUAGAAACGAGCCUAUUACAUGGGAUGAGUUCAACCAAUUUGUGAAGCAAAACGAACGGAGGUUUCAAGAAUUACUUGUCGCCAUCCAGCGUUUGUCUACCAACCCCAUACCUGGUGUUCUUCCGGUUGAACAUGCUCAGGCAGCUCGCGACCCGGAAGCAGCUAUGGAACGUGAGGCAUAUCCCCGACAGAGGCGACAAGCCUAUGUCGAGGACUCGAAGGAGAAGAAGUUCUGGAUCGGCCUGUUCGUGGAGGCCACCGGAACCGGGGAUAUCGACGAGACCCGAAAUUGUAAGCAACUAAGCCGAUCAGUCCAAGUUUACACGGAGGAGUUUCUCCGACUUUCCGCCCAUAACAACCUGGCUGAGUCGGAGGCACAACAGACCGCCAGGUACAUUAAUGGUUUGCGACUUAAUAUUCAAGAUCGUGUUUCACUACAUCAUUUGUUCUCUGUUGAGGAUGCUCAAGAGAUGGCCCGAAAGGUUGAGAUGCAAUUAGAGAGAACUAGCCCCAUUAAUCGGGCUAACAAUUAUUCCGCUCGAGAAUCAUAUGGAAAGGGGAGGCAACUAGAUGUUUCAGAAUCCUCCAACCAGCAAACCAACACUAUGAACCGAACUCCGGGAAGUAGUAUUGGGGUGCGUAAGGAACCAGUCAUUGCAAACAACUGUAACGCCAAUCAGAAUGCCCAGAACCCAUACGCUAAGCCACCACCAAUCAAAUGCUACAAGUGUAACGAAUUGGGACAUCGUUCGAGUGAUUGUCCACGGAGGAAGAUGGCCAAUGUUGUCGAGCACGACGAUGACAUAUACGAAGAUGACUGGAUUGAAGAGGAAGAAGUGGAGGAUGAGGAGGGUGAGCAUGUCAAUUGCGUUGUUAGGAGACUAUUGCUCGCUCCGCGAAGAGAAGACACACAGCGGAAUAGUCUUUUUCAUGCCCGUUGUACCGUCAACAGCAAAGUUUGCAAUGUCAUCAUCGAUAGUGGAAGUUGUGAGAACAUAGUGUCCAAGGCUUUGGUGGAUCAUCUACAACUAAAGACAGAGUUACAUCCCUCCCCUUAUACAAUCGGGUGGAUUCGUAAAUGGGCCGAACUCAAGGUGACGCAGGUAUGUCAUUUACCUAUUUCAAUUGGAAAGUCCUAUAAGGACACCAUAAUUUGUGAUGUAGUGGAGAUGGAUGCAUGUCAUGUCCUAUUGGGACAACCAUGGCAAUACGAUGUUGAUAUCACUCAUAGGGCUCGUGAGAACACAUAUUCUUUUGUGUGGAAAAAGACGAAAAUUAUUUUGAAGCCGAUGAGUAACACUCCCCAGGCCCCAAAGAAGCAAAGUGCAGGGAUUAUGCUAAACGUUCGUAAACGUGAGGGCAUGUAUAUGAUUGUGGAGAAAGGCAAUCAAGAAGCCAUUAUUCCAAUUCCGGCGGCUCUUCAGCCCUUAUUGAGGGCAUUCAGCGAUGUUAUUCCGGAGGAUCUACCUGUUGGAUUACCACCCUUGAGGGAUAUCCAACAUGAGAUUGACUUUCUUCCAGGAGCGAGCCUCCCUAAUUUGCCGCACUACCGGAUGAAUCCGAAGGAGAACCAGAUUUUGCAAGACCAAGUGGGAGAACUGCUUCAAAAAGGCUUCUUACGCGAAAGCAUGAGCCCUUGUGCAGUACCCGCACUCCUCACUCCGAAGAAAGACGGAAGCAUGCGUAUGUGCGUUGAUAGCUGGGCAAUUAAUCGGAUUACUGUCAAGUACCGAUUCCCAAUCCCUCGCUUGGAUGACAUGCUCGACCGGCUUGCGGGAUCAAAGGUCUUUACAAAGAUUGAUCUACGUAGCGGGUACCGCCAAGUACGCAUCCGCCCUGGUGAUGAAUGGAAAACAGCCUUUAAAACAAGUGAAGGUUUAUACGAAUGGCUAGUCAUGCCGUUUGGCCUCACGAACGCGCCUAGCACCUUCAUGCGUUUGAUGACUCAAGUUCUUAAACCUUUUAUUGGCAAAUUUGUGGUGGUCUACUUUGAUGACAUUCUCAUAUAUAGUCCCGAUGACCAACAGCAUAUGGAGCAUCUAAGGGACGUCUUAUCGGCCUUGCAGACAAACCAAUUGUACGUUAAUUUGAAGAAGUGUAGCUUCAUCACUGAUUGA